AUGCUUGCCUUACCUCUACUCGUGCUAGCGGGUAUUUCAAUCAUUGCCUUGAAGUUAUAUUAUGAUAAACGUCGGACUAGUUGCCUGCCGCUCCCACCUGGUCCGCCACCUCUCCCCAUAAUUGGGAAUUUGCAUCAAGCGCCUGCCAGCUAUCCCUGGAGAGUCUUCCAACAAUGGAGCAAGCAGUUUGGCCCCAUUUUUAAGCUCCAGUUUGGAUCGAAUACGAUUAUCAUGUUGGGAAAUCAUCAAGCGGCCCAUGAUCUACUCGACAAGCGGAGCAGCAUCUACAGUUCUCGUCCAAGGGUUGUCAUGGCCGCUGAAUGCUUAGGUCAAGGCAUGCUUACCCUCCUGAUGCCCUACGGUCCUCGAUGGCGCGCGCAUCAACGGCUGCAGAUGUCCUGCCUCAACAAACGAGUCUCGCAGACAUAUUGCGCCCUCCAAGAGAUGGAAAGCAACCAACUCCUGUACGAUAUGCUAUCCACGAACAAUUUUACGGACGGGUUCCGCCGCUAUGCUGCUGGGUUAGUCUUUGCAUUGGCAUACGGCAAGCGUCUUAGCAGUAUUGAUUCAGAGGAUUUGAAGGAGCUGGAUGAGAUCGUGGAGAACACUUUGACCACUCUCAAAGCGGGCGAAUGGAUUGUCGACUUGAUUCCCGCCCUGAAUCAUCUACCUCGCUGGCUCGCACCGUGGAAGCGACACGCCGACAAGCUUCGCAAUUUUGAGUCUCGGGUCUACCUCAAAAACUUUGGCAAUGCAAUAGCAUCGCGCUCAUGGAACUGGUCAAAGCGGGUUCAAGGUCUAGCAAAUGGGCAGAUGCCGACUUUGGAGUUAGCGUACGACGUUGGGAUUAUUUACGAGGUCUCGACCGACACGACCACGAUAGCCCUUGAGGUAUUUGUUUUAGCCGCAGUCCUACAUCCCCACGUCGUUAGAAAAGCCCAAGCCGAGCUCGAACAGGUGGUUGGCCCAGACCGUCUACCCAUCUUUGGUGAUAAGGACAGGCUCCCUUAUAUCCAUGCCAUCAUCCAAGAAGUCUUGCGCUGGCGGCCUGUCGCAGCUGGUGGAGUUCCUCACGCUGUUACUGAAGACGACGAAUACAUGGGCUACCGAAUUCCGAAAGGGGCGACCGUAAUUGCCAAUCAUUGGGCAAUCUCGCAUGAUGACGAACUCUUUCCAAAUCCCGAAAUCUUUGAUCCUGAACGUUGGAUCCUGAAUCCUGAUCUCCCAAUUGCUGCGUUUGGGCAUGGACGACGAACCUGUUUCGGUCAACAUAUUGCGCGAAAUUCCAUGUUUAUCAUUAUUGCCCGUUUUCUAUGGGCUUUCGACAUUACAUGUGCCCAUGAGGAGAGGGGCGGCACCAAGUUUUGGCUCGUCCCUGAUCCGAUGGAUAUGACCCAGGGCUUCAACUCUAAGCCGAUGCCAUUCAAGGCUGAAUUCCUUGCUAGGAGCCCCCAUAGGGAGGGUAUCAUAAGGAGAGAUUGGGACACAGCUGAGAAGGAUAUUAGCAUCAUCUUGGAUGAUAUAGAACAAGAUCAAGCCUCUCAAAUGGGGAAAGCCUAG